UAAAACUAUUUGGGGGGUGGGAGGGGAGCUUGUGUAUUUUUUGGCUUUGUAUAUUUAAUUAAUUCUUGGUGAUUCCCAGAGAAGCCCCCUGAAUAAAGGAAAAUGGGAACGCGGCAUUCAAAAGAUUACCUUGGGUCGGGUGACGUCUCCUCAGACGACGAUUUCGAUCAGCCUUUCUUUAUGGAGCCGAAUUACUUUAAACCCAAUACUUUACCCCCUUAUGCAGCAGAUGACUACCAAUUCUCUGAUGCAGUAAAGGAAGAUAAUAGUGUUGAUGCCAUCGGAGGCCUCGGGCUCUUCGAACCGACAAUUUCCGUGGACAAAUUAAUUGAGAUAGAAUCCAAGCUGGAUUUAUAUGAGAUAAUAUCACUUAUGUACUUGCUGUGUGAAGAUUCAAAAAAUGCCUUAAAUAACAUGAUGAGGGCUUUAAAUGCUGGUAGAACUAGUCAGUGGUUGUUGAAGUGGGCAAAAUCUGAAGAUAUGUGGCAGAAAAAGCUUGUCGAGGCUUUGUGUAUUGUGCAGAAUUAUGCGGUCUUGAAAGAGUUAGGCUACAAUAAAAACGACCUUCAACAUGAGUUCCUUCCCUCUCAAGCAGCUGUCACUUGCUCAAUAAGCAAAAAUAGGAAACUCUUCUACUUAAUAUCAGAAAGACUUACCAAAGACCAAACUCUAGACUUUAUUCAGCACAUGGACCAAAGAACAUCUAAAGAAAAUUCAAAAUUUUAUGACCAUGACUAUCUGGAACUGUAUUUUCUAGACUGGGAAAUAUCCGGGGUUGAAUAUUCAACUAUACAAAGGGUAUUUAAAAAGAUGAAUUUGGAUUGGUUUUAUGAUCAAUUAGAUUUAAUAUUACCGUCAUCUACUUUUACCCCUCCUUCACCUCUGAGGGAAUCUAAGAGCAAGACAAUGCAAGAUAAUGCUAAUUUGGCAACAAGUUCUAUGGAUUAUCCCUCAAGUUCUUCUCAAGGGCCAAGAAGUAGUGUACCAUUAUCAUUCUAUGAUUCUAAUAGGUAUGACAUUAAUCCUAACAAGCCUGGAGUUAUUUUGAUCAUAAAUCAAGAAUCUUUUUAUACUGAGCAUGAGGAACAAUUUAAGCAUCUUUUACAUGAGAACAAGGAUGAAAUUCAGCUUGCUGAUAGACAAGGUACUCUAGUGGAUAGAGACAGACUGGAAAGUCUUUUCAAGAGGAUGAAUUUCUCGGUUAUAGUGGAAGAUAACCUGACUCAUUUGGAUAUGCUUAAGUCCAUAGAGAAUGUGACCAGUAGAGUUAAAGAUGAAAGUAGUUUGGUUGUUUGUAUUUUGUCUCAUGGCAGCAACGGGGUCGUUUAUGGAGCAAACAGUUGCAGGGUCGAAGUUAAAAGUAUUGAACAUAUAAUGUGUAGGAGAAAUAAAAACCUGGUGGGGAAACCAAAAUUGUUAAUAUUACAGGCGUGCCAAGGUGAGAGAUGUCAAAAAGUUAUAGAAGAAGAAGACGAAAGUGUGGACGAUGACAGCCAUAAUGCUACAGAUGGGUUAAAAAAAGCCCCUACAGCGGACUUGACAACGUAUUGGGCUACAAUUCCAGGAUACGCUGCCAUAAGAAAUGCUAAAACGGGAUCUUGGUUUAUACAGGCCCUGUGUGAGGAAAUUGAGCAGAGCAAUUCUCAGAUUCACGUUUUGGACAUUUGCACCAAAAUAAACGAUAAUGUAUCGAAGAAAAAAUGGAAGGUGGUCAAUGGUGAGAAUAUUAUGACACCACAAGUGACUACGACAUUUACUAAGAGCUUUUAUUUGCCUUCAUUAAAGUCCUAAAGUAAGUAAAUGUUAUUUUUGUAUAAAUAUCUUUGUUAUAUGAUCUUCUAUGUGAUUUAUUUUGUUAAAAGUAUAUAUUUUUAGUUUUUAUUAUAAUUUAAGUUAUAAGUUUAUAAGUAACACAAUGAUAGUGUGACCAAAGUGCUUUUUUUAUACAAAAUACAUUAUUGGAUAUUUUCGUAUAAA